UUUUAUGCUAAUUGAGUUAUUUCAGAAUGCCGGUUGCUGAAGAGUUAAAAUCAAGCUGGGCAGAUGAAGUGGAGGAGGAGGGAGGAGCUUUACCACAGCCAACUGAAACCUUUCAGAAUGGCUAUAAAAUUAUAACUCAGUACAAGUACAAUGAAGAUAACAAAAAGACGAAGGUGGUGCGCACCUACAAGAUCGAACGGCGUGUGGUGUCAAAGACUAUUGCACAGCGUAAGGCUUGGAGGAAGUUUGGCGAGGCUUCUAAGGACAAGCCAGGACCUGACCCUGCUACCACAUUCGUUGGAGAGGAUGUCUACAUGCAGUUCAUUACCAACAAGGAGGAUCAGGACAAGCCUGAAGAGGAUCCCAUGGACAAACUGAAAAGUAUGGGUGAUAAGGGAGUAGUAAAAUGCCGUACGUGCAAUGGAGACCACUGGACUUUGAAAUGUCCUUUCAAGGACAUGAACAUCAGCGGACCCAAAAUCCUGGACGAAAAGAAGCCUCUUCAGGCUUCGGCUCCAGCUCCAGCAGAGGACAAGAAGGCUACAAAGUAUGUGAUACCAUCAUUGAGAGAUGGAGGAAACAAGGGUGGCAACAGCAUGGGGAAGGGAAACAGAGAUGAUGCUCUGGCCAUCAGGGUAUCUAACCUCUCAGAAAGCACUCAGGAUGCUGACUUGGAGGACCUAGUGAAACCGUUUGGGCCAAUCAGCAAGUUGUUCCUAGCAAAAGAUAAAAUAACUGGAGCCUGUAAAGGCUUUGCGUAUAUUCAUUUUAAAAGCAAAUCUGAUGCAGCCAAGGCGAUUCAAGCUCUCAAUGGUCAUGGGUAUGAUCAUUUGAUUCUAUGUGUUGAGUGGUCCAAACAAACGCAACAAUAAAGAUUUUUCUUUAUUGUUGCUGUUGUUUGGACAAGGUAAAGGUUAUUUUUACCUUGUAAAUGUGUUAAUCUUGUAUGUAUUUAUAUCUUCCUAUUUUGAAUAGUUCAUGUAAUGAUAGAUGUAAUGAAGAUUAACACAUAAUAAUGAUUUAUUGAAUUAAACAUUUAUGUUUUCAUAGAUAAUUUUGGGUACAUGGUCUUUUGUUUUUAAUGUAUAUGUACUUUCCAUUCAAUAAAAAAUAUCUCAGAAAUAAA